CCUCCUCCUCCUCCUCCUGCUGCUGGUGGUUCUGGUUCUGGGUUGUUUCUGCUGUAGCUGUGUGUGAUCUUCAGGCUGGAGCUGCUGCUGCUGCUGUAUGAAGGUCUCUUCUCCCAUCAAAGAGUAACAUGCGAGUGUUUGUAAUGAAGAGGACCUGCUUGCUGAGCUGCUUUCUAGCUCUGCUGCUUCCACUCCUUUCACGGCAGGAGGAGCACAGCAAGCUGCUGCUGGUGUCCUUUGAUGGCUUCCGCUGGGACUAUGUGGACAGGGUGCCCACGCCCAACUUCCACGCUCUCAUGGAGGAAGGUGUGCAGGUGGAGAAGGUGGAGAACACCUACAUCACCAAGACCCUCCCAAACCACUACACUCUAGUAACAGGACUGCACGCAGAGAGCCACGGCGUCGUAGCCAAUGAAAUGUAUGACCCAGUUCUGAACCGCUCCUUCUCUAUGGAGGGUCCAGAGGUGUACGACUCUCGAUGGUGGGAGGAGGCUGUUCCUCUGUGGGUCACCACUCAGAAGGCUGGUCGGAGGAGCGGAGCUGCCAUGUGGCCCGGAUCUGACGUGGCUAUCAGAGGAAUCUACCCAACCCAUUAUGUGCCAUACAAUGCCUCUAUGCCCUUUGAGAUGAGGGUGGAGAAGCUCAUCAGCUGGUUCUUGGGAACAGAGGCCAUCGAUUUCGGGGUUCUUUACUGGGAGGAGCCUGACGAGACUGGUCAUAAUGUGGGGCCAGAGAGCCCCCUUAUGGAUGUGGUCAUCGAGGACAUUGAUAGAAAGCUGGGUUUCCUCAGAGAGAAGCUGAAGAUAUCUGGACUUUAUGAUAAAAUCAAUCUCAUCGUCACCAGUGACCACGGUAUGACGCAGCUAUCACGCAACAAGAUCAUUGAGCUGGACGCCUACGUGAGUCAAGACCUCUACACAUGGAUAGACAAGAGCCCAGUGGUGGGAAUUCUGCCUAAAGAGGGUAAGUUCGAGGAGGUCUAUAAUUCACUGGAGAAUGCAAAUCCUAACAUGGUCGUGUACAAGAAAGAAGACAUCCCUGAUUAUUUUCACUACAAACACAACGCCAGGAUCAUGCCGAUUAUAAUUGAGGCCAAAGAAGGAUGGACAAUCGUGAAGAACAGAACAGAACCCUUUAUGAUGGGCAACCAUGGCUAUGAUAACCACUUACGCAGCAUGCACCCGGUGUUUGUCGCCCGUGGACCCUCGUUCCGCACUGGCUACACAAAGACCGCCAUGCGCUCUGUUGACCUCUACCCUCUCAUGUGUUACAUUCUCGGUGUUCAGCCGCUGCCCAACAAUGGCUCUCUGGCGAGUGUACGGAAUCUCCUGGCGGAAAAACCGACCCCCAGACCAACACUGCCGUCUGUACCCAAUGAUCCCUCCUACGCCUGGGCCUUAGGCUUAUUUCUGGGCGCCGCCCUGGUGGUUGGGUUCCUUGUGCCUUUUGUAAAGCAGGUGACACAGAGGCAGCUUCCACCACUGCCCCUCAGCAACCAGGAGAUAUCACAGCCCUUACUGCAGGAAGACCACAAAGUUGCUUUAAUUCAUGUACCAGUCAAACAUGGCCUGAGUGCCAAAUCAAAUCAGUACUACUGGUGCCAUGCCUAGGCUUAAUAAAUCAAUCUAUUUGUGGACAAAAGUUACAGGAAAAGAAAUACAAGAACAAUGACCCAGUUAAAGAUGUCCAAGCUGACUUUGAUUUAAUUUUCAGUUUCUGAAUUCUUGUGGCCUAUAUAUUUCAAGAAAGGGAAAAAAACUACGAGGUAUUAAUCUUCACAAAAUCAGAUUCAGAAAUAUAAUCAUUUUAGGGAUGCCUUAAUAUUAAAAUACACUGCUCAAAAAACUAAAGGGAACACUAAAAUGACACAUUCUAGAGCUCAAUGAAUAAAAUAUUCCGGCUGAAAAUUUAUUUAUUACAUACAGGAAACCGUUGAGAACAAAAUAACAAAAAUGAUCAAUGUAAAUAAAAAAAAUAUUAUCUCAUGGGGGUCUGGAUUUGGAAUCAUUCUCAACAUCAAAGUGGAAAAUCAAAUGACAUGCAGAUCCAACUUCCUUAAGACAAAAUGAGGCUCAGUAGUGUGUGUGGCCUCCACGAGCCUGUAAAGCCUCCCUACAACAUGAUCUCACAGAUGUGCUGGAUUGGACUCAGGUCUGGGGAAUGGGCGAGCCAGUCCAUAGCAUCAAUGCCUUCAUCAUGCAGCAAAUGCUGACACACUCUAGCCACAUGAGGUCUAACAUUGUCCUGCAACAGAAGGACGCCAGGGCCAACCGCACCAGCAUAUGGUCUCACAAUGGGUCUGAGGAUCUCAUUCCCGGUACCUAACGGCAGUCAGGCUACCUCUGGCUAGCACAUGGAAAGUAAAGAAAUGCGUCCCCACACCAUUACUGAUCAUUACUGGUCAUGCUGGAGGAUGUUCCAGGCAGCAGACUGUUCUCCACGGCAUCUCCACACUCAUGUCAUGUCUCUUCCUUGCACAAAGGAGGAGGUAGCAGUGCUGCUGUUGGUUGUUGCCCUCCUAUGACCCCCUCCAUUUCUCCUGGUAUCUACUCCAUGCUCUGGACACUGUGCUAACAGACAGCAAACCUUCCUGACACAGCUCACAUUGAUGUGCCAUCCUGGAUGAGCUGCACUACCUGAGCAACUUCUGUGGGUUGUAGACAGCGCCUCAUGCAACCUCUAUGGUGAGAGAACUAACAAAAUAAAAAAAGUGACAAAAACAUCAGCCAGAAAGGAUGAGAACAGAGAAAAGGUCUGUGGUCACCACCUGCAAAACCACUCCUUUAUAGGGGGUUGUCUUGCUAAUUGCUCCUCAUUUCUACCUGUUGUCUGUUUCAUUUGCACAACAGCAGGUGAAAUUGAUAAACAACACAAUGGAACUCAAAGUCAACCACACUUCUGUGAAAUCAACCUGUCCAGGUAGAAAGCAACACUUAUUGUUAAAGUGUUCCCUUCAUUUUUUGAGCAGUAUAUUUGAACGGAUUGGGUAGUAGCUAUUUAAUACCAAUCCAGUUCUGAGACAUUUAACCCCGGUGCCACCUGAUGCUCUCAAGGCACCGUUAGCAGACAUUACUGCAGAGCCUGCAGUACUGAGGAGAGUUUUCAGAAGGUAAAUGAGAAAGAUCGGUGUGUAACUUUUUUAUAAUAGAAUAGUAAAACAUAUCUGGAAACAUUUAAAACAAUAAUACAAACACUCAGUAUUACCAGUGAGAUAACAGUGCACCUUAAAAAUCUAAUUAUUUUCCUUCAGUAUUUAUUAGCAGCUCGUACUACAUACUCUGUGUGGUUGCACUGUUUAAACACAUAGAACGGUUAAAUGGGAUUAGUAUUGGCUGAUCCUCUGCAUUAAAAGACUUUGGUCAGAGUGGGACUUCCCCAAUUCUGUUUUUUUUUUUUUCUUAAGGUCAGUACUAAAUGUUUGAGGGGGAAAAAAGGUCCAUUCUCUGUUAAGUUUUUGGACUGAACCUUUUGAGGGAUAUUUGUAUCUUUUAUUAUUUAGAUGCUUUUAUACUGUGUUUUCUUUAUUAAGAUUUUCUUGAACAAGUGAAGUGCAAUGACUACAUGCUUUAAUGUUUUGUUUGUGAAACUGGCAGAGUAAUGUUUUAUGUUGUUUACAUGAUGUAGGUAGUUAAUAAGCUGCCUCUGUGUUGCACUAAGAUCAACAUAAGCUAAUCAGGAUUUGUAGAAAUGAAAGAGAAUAAGAACAAAGUGGUUUUAGAACGGCUGCAUUUUGCACAGCAUUUUCCCAUGUGUUUAAUCUUUUUUUAAAAAAGGCUACGUGCCAAAAGUCUUUAGCUACUAAUCUGGGAAACUCUGGGUACAAACUAGUGGCAGAGCAGUAGAUUCCUUUGAUUUUCUAAUUUCAGAUUCAGAACUUUGCAUAUGAGGCCCCAACUGGGCAGAACCACUGUGAUCUAUCUUCUACAGGUACCAAAACAAAGAAAAAGAACUUAUGAAGUAUUUAACAUAGUCUUUGGUGUAGAUGUUACUGGUAGGAUACAUAGUUAUGCAUCAUUUUGCUUGCAAUCUUACGCUUUUAUGGUGUGGCUUAGUUUAAAGGCCUUUAAUUUAAGAGAGGAAAAAAAACAAUUAGAUGACUAAAUUAAGUGUUUUUAAUUAAGAAUUAAGUGUUUCUUUAUAAAUGUAGUGUUUAAACUGUGAAAAGACUGUAACUAUGAUUUUUACUGGUGUUCUACCUUUUUAUUAAAGACUUGUGCAAGUGGCA